UACAUCGGAUCAAAAGUCAGUGCAAAAGAACCGAAAUACCGUCAUAACAUUUGAUUGUCAACCUGAAGUGAUACGGCUAAUAGUUUUCUGGCGAAAAUCAUAUAAAAAGCUUAAAUCGAAACGAAAAUCGAAGAAAAUUUUUAGUCGCAAUAAGAAAUAUAGAAAUUUGAGUUUGUUUUCCCUAAAUACGAGUUAGCUACCGAAAACAAAAAAAAUGCUAUCUCGUUUAGCAUGCAGCGGCCGGGUAUUUAUAUCGACUCCUCUUCUGCAAUCCGCAGUUCAGCAAGUUCCAAAACGCCCACAGCUAGCACGUUACUAUGCUCGUGAUGUUAAAGGAGGUUCCAGCUGGACGACCCGUGCCGAGCGACAAACCCUCCGGGAGCGAGCAAUGGCUCCUCCAGGACCCAACGCGUACUCUUUGGGAAAGGGCGCUCUUGCCGGUGGUGCCGCUUUUGGCAUUGGAGCUCUAUGCUUCUAUGGACUAGGAUUUGGCAGUGGUACUAGUACUCUUGAAAACUCACACGCUUGGCCGGAGUUUGUGCGCGAGCGUAUACGUGAUACAUACAUUUAUUUUGGCAGCUCGCUUGCAAUAUCAGCCGCUAGUGCUAUGGCAGUAUUUCGCAAUCCAACGUUGUUGAAUUUAGUCUCGAGGAACGGAUGGAUGUCUAUAAUCGGAACGUUUGCUGUGAUGAUUGGUUCCGGCAUGCUGGCACAAUCUAUUCCCUAUAGUCCUGGUUUUGGAACCAAGCAAAUUGCAUGGGCGGCACAUUCGGCUAUUCUAGGAGCUGUGAUUGCACCCAUAUGUUUCAUUGGAGGACCAAUUCUAGUUCGCGCGGCAUGGUAUACUGCUGGAGUUGUUGGAGGGCUCUCUACGGUUGCUGUCUGUGCUCCAAGCGAUAAAUUUCUUUACAUGGGUGGACCGUUGGCUAUUGGAUUAGGAGUAGUUUUUGCAUCGUCAAUGGCCUCUAUGUUUUUACCGCCAACCACGGCACUUGGAGCUGGAAUAGCUUCGCUUUCAUUGUAUGGUGGCCUUUUGUUAUUCAGUGGAUUUUUAUUGUACGACACACAAAAAAUAGUGAAACGUGCCGAGCUUUAUCCGCUUUAUGCACCGCGACCUUUUGAUCCAGUGAACUCGGCCAUGUCAAUCUACAUGGACACAAUGAACAUAUUCAUCCGGAUUGCCACCAUACUAGCCGGCGGAGGCGGAAAUAGACGAAAGUAAUUCGUUUGAAAACUUAGAUUUUUCAGAUGUAUCUAUGUUCGAGAAGCUAUCGCACCAUAUACUAUAAACUUGGGGACAAUUCGCUGAAUUCGAAGUGGAAUUAUUUGUCUAAAUUAGAUUGAACUGUUUAAUAUCCAGUAGUCCAAGGCUUCAAUCUUUGAAAAGUUCAAAAUGUGAAUAGUUUACUCAACAAUCUUGUAUGCUUAAAAUUUUAGUUUUAGAAAAAUUUGUGAUGAGUAAAGUACUUGUUGGAAAAA